AUGAAGCAACGUGCUGCAGAUGACCGAUACAGCUGGUUGCAAGAAGUUCGUGAUUUAGAUGGAAAUCCUGAAGGACCAUAUUCCUCAAUUGUCGUGAGUUUUGCUACCUGGAUGCAGCCAACCGAAGCUGAAAUUGGUAAUGCAACAUCAGAAAUAAUUGUAACGCUAGUGAUAAGAAUGAAAGUUUUAACAACAAAUCCUCAAAUUUCAGAAAUUGUAAAUACCUUUGCACACUCUUCUAUAGCUAUUCUACCUGCUUCGCAGUCUUACAACAACUCAUCCAACACGUUCGCCAUAUCUGUAGUCAUCAUAUUUGCUCUUUUAACACCUGACCCACACACCGAAAACCUCUUGGAAACCUUAACAAUUGAACAACUGUCAAUGAUCGAAAGGACU